GUGUAGCUACGUCGCAUGGUUUAGGUGCGGUUAAUCUGUUUCCGGUGUGAGAAAAGGAUAAAACGCAGCCGGUCCCCUCCUUCUUUAGUCACCUGUUUGGGAAAUUUUACGAACAGAGUCAACAAAAUGUCUUUCGACUUGUCUUCAGCUUUAGGUCAGGAAGAUGAGGUGAAGAAGGAGGCUGCUCAGAAGGAUGAGUUUAAUUUGCCCUGGCAGAAGAAGAAGGACAAGGACAAGGAAGGUGGCAAGUCUAACAAAGAGGACAAGUCUGACAAAGAGGACAAGUCUGACAAAAAGCACAAGUCUGACAAAGAGGACAAGUCUGACAAAAAGCAUAAGUCUGAAAAAUCCAAGGACAAAGACAGCAAAGACCACAAGAUGAAGCACAAGAAGAAAAAGGAAAAGAAGGAGGGCAAGAAAUCAGGCUCUUCAUCCUCCAGCAGCAGUGAUGAGGAAUGAUUCUUCCUCGAUCUCUUAUGAUCUUGUCUGUUGACAAAAUGAGUGUGUGGUUGAAUGUACAGUAGUACCAACUUUUCUCCCUGUCCUUUUAUUGGUGUCGCCGAAACAUGCUGGUCUUGUGUAAAGAAAUCUGCUGAUUCAAUAAAGUAAAUCUUCGGUCAAAAAAA